UUGACUGGCGAAGGCCAAGGUCUUGUUUGAUACGUUAUUUUUUUUCGUUUAAGUUCAACAGUUUUAACAAAUAUAUUAUAUAUUUUUCGUUUUACCGCCGCACACUACGUAACCGGUCCUGAUUACACACUGUCGGUAGAGUGCCGUUCGCGUUUAAUUGAAACACAUAUAUAUAUAUAUAUAUAUAUAAUAUAUAUUUUAUAUCGUUUCGAUUUUUUGAUUUUUUUUUUUUUUUACUUAACAAAAUUCUGUGCGUUUUUGGCGCGCCGACAACUCUAGAACACAGCCGAAAAACCGCCACAACACCACUACCGCUGUCAUAGGUUGCCCUCGGAUUUCCAACUUCCAAAUGGGCAAAACCCGUGCUAGUGGGGCGCUUUACGCGUGCGUCAUAAUGUUGACUUUGAUGGUGUCUACAACAACGGCGGCCACAUCCCUUCAGGACUGCGAAGCCGACAUGACCGGGUUCGAGCUGGUCACCGGGUAUGUGUUUACCGCACCAGACGACUUGCUGGACAGCAUACCCGGUACUCUUAUGUUAACCGACUGUUUGGAAGCGUGUCAAGCCAACGACACAUGUUAUUCGGUCAACUACGAAACCGGGUUGUGCGUGAUGUUCUCGUCCAACGCUGAUGCGUUUCCGGGAGCUCUCAGCAAAUCUCAGUUUCCGGUAUUCACGAUAUACGCGCAAAAAACAUGCUUGGGAAUCAAACCCUGCGAGAGAGCGUGGUGCUUCGAUCGCGUUCAGGGUUACAAGCUUAAAGGGUUCAGCAAGAAGAAGCAACCGGCCGCCACGCGACAAGACUGCUUGGAGAUGUGUCUGGGCGAAAGGGAGUUCUCCUGCAGGUCAGCUAACUACUAUAACAGCACAGGCGAAUGCGAGCUUUCGGACAUGGACAGGAUGACAGUAGCCGGGCAAGGGCAAUUCGAACCUGUCACGUCGGUGGACUACCUGGAAAACAACUGCGUGGACGAGCCCGUCAAAUUGUGCGAGUUCAAAAAAUUCCCUGGGCGCAUCCUUAAAACCGUCGACUCGGUGUAUCAGGACGUGAGUUCGCUGGACGACUGUCGGGAACUAUGUCUGAACUCUCCGUACAGGUGCCAUUCGUACGAUUACGGCGAUACUGGCGAACUAGUGUGCAGGCUCAGUCAUCAUUCUAGAGCCACAUUGUCCGACAUACAAGAUCCGUACUUAGAAGUGCCGGAGGCGUCGACAUACGAGCUGAACUCCUGUUACAACAUCAGCAUCGAGUGCCGGUCCGGAGAUAUGGUGGCCAGGAUCAAGACCAGCAAGCUGUUCAACGGUAAGAUCUACGCCAAGGGCAACCCGAACUCUUGCGUUCAAGACGUCAGGGGCAGCCUGGACUUUGAAUUGGAAAUGGCAUACGACGACGUCGAGUGCAACGUCAAGCAACAAGGCUUGGGCAGAUACAUGAACGACGUGAUCAUCCAACAUCACGACACUAUCAUCACCAGCUCAGAUUUGGGCGUGGCUAUCACGUGCCAAUACGACCUCACCAACAAGACGGUAUCGAACGAAGUAGAUUUAGGCAUACAGGGCGAUCUCAAGCCGGCCAUGACUGAGGAGGUGGUCGUAGACUCGCCCAACGUAGCUAUGAAGAUCACCGACAGACAGGGCGCGGACGUGAAACCGUCCGCCGAGGUAGGCGACCCGCUGGCGUUGCGAUUCGAAAUACUCGACUCAAACAGCCCGUAUGAGAUAUUCGUCAGGGAACUAGUGGCUAUGGACGGCGUGGACUCGAGCGAGAUCGUGUUGAUCGACGCUGACGGAUGUCCCACCGACCACUUUAUCAUGGGUCCACUUUACAAGUCUUCGGACACGGGCAGUGGAAAGAUUCUCCUGUCCUAUUUCGAUGCGUUCAAGUUUCCGUCUUCCGAAGUAGUGCAAUUCCGAGCUUUGGUCACGCCGUGCAUGCCCACUUGCGAACCGGUGCAGUGCGACCAGGAGGACGCAUCCGGUGAGCUCAGAUCCGUUCACUCUUUCGGCAAGCGCCGGCGGAGGAGAUCAGCACCGGCCAAGACGAGCGGUUCGUCGGCUGACGCCAGAGACGACAUGCUGCUAGUGCAGAGUAUCCAAAUCACAGAUAAGUUCGGGUUCGGCGCUCAACAGGCGUCGCCGGAAAUGAACCCGGCCGACGCGUCCACCACGUCCACCACUUAUGUGAAACACCAAGAGUACAACUUCGACAGCCUUUGCGUGAACUUAUUCGGCGUCAUAAUAUCCUGUCUAGUGUUUCUGGCCGUCCAGGUAGCCGUGCUCAUUGCGUGGGCGUACGUGUGGAACCGCAAGAGACACGUGGAUCCGUACCACCAUCAGCAGGACGGUAUGUCAGUCAGCAUGAGCAUACCAGUGGGACGAACGGACAGCAUGUGCAAGCUGUACGAUUCGGGGUACGCGAAACGAUACUGACCGGUGAGGGGGGGGGGUCAAUCCCUUUUAACGAGAUAGUUUGCCAUGACAGAUUUUUUUUUUUUUACCUUAAAUUAAUUAGAUAAUUAUGCGAAUGAUAUAUAGUAUUUAUUAAUGUUAUUUAUUUACAAAUGAGUAGUUACAUCGAUCGAAGACCAACGUUUCUUUGUCUGCAAAGGACGCUGAGCUCAAAUAGCCUUGACGGUCUCGCGAUGUGCGCAUAAUAUCCAUAAUACUUUAUUUCAAGACCGUCACAAUCUAAUAGGCUUAUUUAGUGAUUUUGAGUUUAAGUCAUUUAAUUAUUAAAAUACCGAUUUUCGUUGUAAUCAAAAACGCCAGCACGUAACAUUGGCUUUGUCACGAAAAUUAAAUUAAAAUAUUAGCACGCCAGUAAAAUAUCGGUGUACUUCCUUUACACCGCAAUAAAACACAACAUAAUAUUUUAAACCUGACAUUCUUUAAUAGAUAGUUAAAAUAAGAUACCUAUUUUAUAUGUAUUCAUCGUUUGAAUUCGUUAUCACGUCGAUUGAGGUUUUAAAAACUGUAAAUUUUAAAUGUUUCUCAGUAAUUAUAACUCGGUUAAUUUUCCUAAAUCAAUAGAACAAAAUUAUAUCGAGGCAGCUCAGCUAUCUCAUAACUAUUAACUAACGAACUCCUUCGGUUAUUUAUGAUUUAGCGAACCAAUUUUAUUUGUAUUAUAGAGUUAAUCGAUAGUAGUUAUAUAAGUGUUUAUUGGGCUGAAACGCAGAUGAUUUUUCCGACGUUAAAAAUAAUGUACAUUUGAUUUCCUCUAGAAUAAUUAAUAAUCGAAGAUUGUCGGAAUCUUGUCUACGUUUCUUAAGGCUUGAUUGUGACUAUUUUUUCCUUAUCUCAUAACGUGUAAGCUAAAACAAUAGUAAAUUUAAAACUAUGAAAAUUUAAACAAGAAUAAAAAUGAAAAUAUAAAUAAAAUGUCAUGUUUUAUUAUAAUACAGAAAACGAACUAACGCAAUAUUAUUAUGGUCAUAUUAUUGUACUAAGAUAGCCGAAUCGAGAUAAGGAAAACAAUAUCAACAGAAACCCUAAGUUAAUAUUUUAAGUAUUUAUUAGAAUGUAUUUUAAGAUUAUUUUUGUACUUGAAAUUAUAGCGUUAUAUUUUAGUCUUUAAUACUAAUACUAAAAAAUAAAAACAUUUUGAUAUCUAUUUUAAGUAGUAAUAUUUAUGUAAGGUAAUUAUUAAUAAAUAAAUAAACGAACAAUAAACAA